UGUCAGCGGAGAUGUUGGCUGGUGCGUUGGUUCUGGGCAUCCUCCUCACAGCUUUACCAGGUAUCCAGAGCAGGUGGAGUGUGUCAUUUUCCAGGAGAGAGAUCUGUGUGUGGGCAGGAACAACUGUCACUCUGCCCUGUCGCUAUGACUACCCAUCAGGCCACACUGUGAAGCGAGUCAUGUGGUUCCGUGUGUCUGCGGAGGGUCUCAGGGAGUUCACCCACCACACUGACUCAAAUCAGAUCAGCCUGUCGUACCGUGGACGCACACGCUACAUCGGGGGCAGCUAUUCAAGCUGUUCAGUCCAGAUUCGGGGCGUGAAGCUGAGUGAUGCCGGCCAGUAUCACUUCAGGUUUGAGACCGACCAACCACAGGGUAGAUGGACCUCCCCCGACACCAUCACUCUCGAUGUCACAGACCUCCAGGUUCACGUGCAUCCAGCCAGACCGGCCAACAUGUUUGGCUUCGGGGAGACGGUGUUUGUUGGCUGCCAGGCCAAUGGCCCUCACUCCACCUCUAUAUCUGUGUUUCCUGGAGGGGAGGUGACCGAGGGAGGGUCGGUCACUCUGACCUGCAGCAGUGAUGCAGCUCCGCCUGUAGAAAGCUAUGCAUGGUUUAAAGACAUGGAGAGUGGCAGCAUCCCGGACAGUUUCCGGCCUCAGCUCCACCUGUCCCACCUCAAGUACUCAGACAGAGGAGAGUACUUCUGUGUAGCGCGCAGCUCACUGGGGACAGACCGCUCCCAACCACUGCUGCUCAAUGUCACUUACUCUCCAAAGAACACACAUGUGCUGCUGAGUCCUCGAGGGGACAUCAGAGAAGGUUCAUAUGUGAACCUGAGCUGCGUCAGUCACGCCAACCCUCCUGCCUACAGGUAUGCUUGGUAUCGUAUUCUAGGUGAACAAGUGUUGGCUAAAGGAACAUUUCAGAACCUGACCUUACCAUCGGUGCGUGCUCACAGCGCUGGUCAGUACUACUGCACCGCAUCCAACCGGUUAGGAUACCAAACCUCCCCUGUUGCAACACUCACUGUGCUCUAUCCUCCUAAGAACACCUCAGUUCUGGCUCGUCCCUCCAGUGUGGUGGACGCCGGCCGACCGUUGACUUUGACCUGCAGCAGUCAGGCUAACCCAGCGGUGGACAACUUCACAUGGCACCGCUUAGCUCUGGACGGGGGCUCUGUACAAUCGCUGGGCGCCAAGUCUGGUCCAGUUUUCACCUUCUCAGAGGUCGGCCCUGGAGAGAGCGGCCAAUACUUCUGUGAGGCCAGGAACCGAAUCGGAGCCCACAGCUCUCCGGUUCUCACCGUACGAGUCAGAGGUCGCCUUAAGGUCAUUGCAUUGGCAUCCGCAGUGGGCGUGUCUGCUGGACUCAUCACUCUGACGGUGGCCAUUAUGAUCAGCAAGAACAUGCACAAAGUAGACAUGGAGUCAGUAGAAGUAGCAAACAAGCGUCCAUCACUGACAGUUGACACCAUGUUCUAUGAGUCAGCCCAACAGACCUUCCCAGUGAGAAAGGGCAAGAUGUGUGACAUUCCGGAAGAACCAGAGGACUUGAGUGACAGCUCCCACCCCUCCAUCGUUCCUCUAAAAGAUGCUCCGCCAAUCACAGAGGUUGAAACUCGCAAACCCGCCCCCAACUACAUCACUGUCCACUACUCCAAGUUGUGCAGUGCAGACCAAGUGCAGGUCCACAACCUGCCACUAGGUGGUGAUAGAAAACCAAAUGACUCCUCCAAAGUUGUUUACACCUUACUGCCCCAGACUCGUCCCUGAACCGAAGUAAAACAGCUGAACCAAACUCCAGGUUUGUCCCGUGAACCAGAGAGACUGUGAUGGAACCAGAAACUACCCCCUGUGAACUCAACUGAUGCCUUAUUACACUAUUCUGAGUCAGACAUGUUGUUAUGGUUCCACAACAUGUGGCCCUGCUGCUGACUGCGAGUCCUGUGUCUGCACUGUGCUGCAUGUCUUUCCUGUUCUUCCUUUUCUAUGCAUCUCACUACAAUUUUUAUCUGAUGAAGUCAAAGUGCUAAAAUCCUGAGUUAGAGAAAGCAGCAUCACUACUAAUAGCCACUUUUUCUGCAUUCAUAUCAACAGUACAUGUUAUAACCACUGUUUAUUUUAAGUUCAUGUGUGACAUAAAAACCUGCAACCACUAUGUAGAUGGAGCAAUAUGACUGUUUGCUGCAUUAACUUUUUCAAACUAAGACAAAUGAAAAGUCAUAAUCAUUUUUCAUUCAAUCUUCUUUGAUUCCAAUAAAAGGGACAGUGUGGUAUUACACAUAAUAGUGGGAGAAAGCUGAAUUAAAGAAGCCAUGUCAGGAAUCUGCACACUGUAUUCUUGUUCUGAUUGCUAAUGCUGUGACAUUUAUUCAAUUAUUAUAGCUGUAGCUUAGC